AAAUACGGAGUGAUGGGUAGAAGUACCUGUAGUGGCAUGUGUGGCAAGAGUUGCGGUGCAGCAGCUGGGCGAGAGGCGUGUUGGCCGGCACACGACGGUCAGUGUGUGCAGGGACUCCACGAUGGCUAGGGUACUGCUCAGCACCGUGCGCUCCUAUACUCCCAAACUCUCCGCACUGCAGCUUCCGAGGAGCGCCUGUGCCUGGAAGAACACAGCCAAGCAUUUCAGCACCACACACCGCCAGCUGUCAAAUUACAAGUACACAGAGAAGCAUGAGUGGGUGGCUGUUGACGGCAAUAUUGGCACCAUUGGGAUCACAAAUUAUGCUCAGGAAGCUUUGGGAGACAUAGUCUACGCCCAGCUACCAGAGGUGGACACGCAGUAUGAACAAAUGGAGGAAUGUGGUGCCCUGGAGAGUGUGAAGGCUGCCAGUGAGCUGUACUGUCCUGUGUCAGGAAAGGUGACUGAGAUCAACGCAGCCGUGGAGGAUCAGCCAUCACUCAUAAACAAGAGCUGCUAUGAGGAAGGUUGGUUAUUUAAGUUGGAAUUGACUGUUCCAUCAGAGAUUGAUGAACUGAUGGAUGAAGCAGCUUAUGAAAAGUUCUUAAAGGAAAGUGAAGAGUAAGAGCAGCAACCAAGCAAGGCACAAGGGCAGCACCCACUACCAGGCCGCUGGGCUUGGGGCACUCAUGGUAGGCAGAACAUGUACAGUAGAUACACUCCACUUGUAUCAUAUUUAUAUAUGUAUACAUGUGUUCAGUUUACACAACUAUGUUACUAAACUGGACAUCUUUCACUUUUAUACCACAAUAAAACCACAUAAUUAGAAAUGGUGUUUUAAGUAAUGCACUACAUGCUCAGAAGAGUCAAGUCACAUCACAGGUUUGCUGAAAGUAAAAUUAAACAUUUCAUCCAGAUUAUGUUCCAUCUUUUGUCAUACAUCCAUUCAGCAUCUAUGAAAUACCUGCAGGUUUGUUUGAUGUGUAGUUAUGGGAAUGUGUUCAGUCUGUCCCCUUAAAAGCUUCCAUCUUUAUUUAUCUUUUGGUUCUUUUCAUUCUUCAGUUCUUUUAUGUGAUCCCAUCAACAGUGUAUCAAACAAGUUUCUUGCAGUGGAUAAGGGAAAUCCUGUGUUUAUGAUUUAUAAAUGUACAGAGAUUAUAAUGAAAAGAUUACAUCUACAUCAUUAUGGUUUAUUUCAUUUGAACAGAAAUCUACUAACUACUGCUACUGAUGGUAUUUGCAUCAUAGUAGAAAAGCAGUUGUGAUAUUUCUCAUGAGUGAUAAUGAGUAAUAGCUGUCUUCAUUUCCUGAAUAUCCAUUGUGCAGUAUGAUUAAAGUUAUGUCUUUACUUAACAUGUCACAUAGAUGUGUUAUGUCAAGUACAUGUUUUAGUUUGAUGUACAGGACAAAGACAAGACAGUAGAACUGACGCAGAUUUGAAUGUUCAUAAUACAUGGCAAACACUUGAACAAAGUAAGCAGUGUUGGUCCAAAGGUACAUAAACUUGUGAUUCUCUUCAUUCUCACUUGGUCACAGGAGCAACAUGUGAAUUAUCAUUGGUUGUUGUAAGUUGCAGCUCAAGAUGAUGUGAGUGGGUUGCCUUAAGCUGUAGUGCACCAUUGUCUUGCUGACCUGCUGGGUAAGGCUCACCUCUGUGUUGUUUGGUGGUGUUGGUGCAAUUUCUAUGUUGAUGGUUUUCAAGGAUAGCAAAAUUUGUAAAUAGAGAUUUAAUACACAUUAACAGAAUUAUCUUUUUUUAUCAAACUUCGUUAGGCAUGUACAUAAUGGGUUAUUUUUCUUUUGUUUGAUUAUAAUUAGUUUUUGCACUAGUUGUUGAUACACUCAAAAAUGACAUAGUGACAACUUUUCAAAAUGCUUUGCUGCCACGUUUGUUCCAUGCAAGUGUUAGUGAUACUCCUUAGCUUAGUGCACCUUACAUAUGAAUAAGAAAAACAGUAAACAUUUACUGAGAGGACAAUGAAUUGACAAAUGUAGGCUUUGUUAUGGAAAUGAGAUGUCGUCAUAUUUUUAUGAAUGUGAUAUACGAAUAGGACCCAUUGCUGGUAAUAUCUUCAUUAUGGAUCAUUAUCAAGAGUUAUCUGAAUUGCUCAAACCAGUGUUGUACCACCAUCACAUUCCCUCUUUGUUAUCAUGUGUUAGUUAAGCCGUAAUGAUAAUCUAAGAAGAUACACUGCAGCAACAUUACUUCAAAGGGUUUCUGUAAUUGUUUGAUUGCUUUUACUAACCAAGAACAUGGAGGUGGAGGAGAGUUGGAUUCAGUAGUCUGUAAUGCAGUGAUGCUCUCUCUUUAUCCACCUGCAUGUUCAUCUUCUAUACCUCAUCUUUAUGGUGUCAAUGAAGAGUGAUACAACCAAGGAAUCACCCGUGUAUACACAAUCUUCACAUUUUCACUUGAUUAUUUAGAAGUGAUGAGUGAUUCACUUUGGUUUGCAUAUUUCUUUAUUGACUUUGCAAAGUAAAUUGAAAUACAUUGAAUGUGAUGUAUA